CUUUAAUUUCAAAUGUCGCAAUCUCCUAAUAAAUGGCAUCAAGAAACAAUAGAUUCUCAUAAAUCAAAGAUGGAAAAAACUGUACCAAUAUGUCCACUAUCAUCAGAUAUUGCAACAUUAACAUUACCAAAUGGCAAAAGUGUUUAACUACCUGUUUAUAAAGGAACAAAAGGUCCUCCUAUGAUUGAUAUUACAUAGUUAUAUUCUAAAACAGGGUAUUUUACAUUAGAUCCUGGAUUCUCAUCAACUGGAGCGUAUAAAUUAAUAAUAAUGAAAUUAGAUGCAUGUCAACUAUGACUUACAUAGAUGGUGAUAAAGGAGAAUUAUUAUAUCGAGGAUAUCCUAUUGAAAUUUUAGCUAAAUAUUCUUCUUACAUAGAAGUGUGUUAUUUAUUUAUUUAUGGACAUCUUCCAUCUUAAAAAGAGUUGUAAUCAUUUGAAGAAACUAUGGUGAGUGAAAUGAUGAUAAAUGAAAAACUUAUAGAAUUCUAUAAAGGUUUUGCAUCAGAUAGUCAUCCUAUGGCAAUCAUGGUUGGUGUAGUAGGAGCAUUGAGUGCUUUUAUGCAUAAAGAUUUUGAUGUAAAUGAUCCAAGAGAUAGAGAAUAUAUAGCUAUUAAAUUAGUAGCUAAAAUGCCGACUCUAGCAGCUUAUGCAUAUAGAACAGCAUUAGGAUUACCUAUUGUAUAUCCUAAUAAAAAAUAUUCAUUUAUUGAGAAUUUCUUAUAUAUGGUAAUUAUAUUAACAUAAUUUAAGAUGUUCUCAACUCCUAUGAAUGAUUUCAAUGUUGACAAAGUAAUUGUUAAAGCAUUAGAUACUAUUUUUAUGUUACAUGCAGAUCAUGAAUAAAAUGCAUCUACUUCUACAGUUAGAAUUGCUGGUUCUUCAUUAGCUAAUCCAUUUGCUUGUAUAGCUGCUGGAAUUACAGCUUUAUGGGGACCUUAUCAUGGAGGUGCUAAUGAAGCUGUUUUGAAUAUGCUUAAAGAAAUAGGAAAUAAAGAAAAUAUUCCUAAAUAUCUUCAGAUGGCUAAAUCUAAAGAUAAUUCAUUUAGAUUAAUGGGAUUUGGACAUAGAGUUUAUAAAAAUUAUGAUCCAAGAGCUAAAGUUAUGUAGGAAAUGUGUUAUAAUGUCUUAGAAAAAACAAAAAGAGCUAAUGAUAUUUUAGAAGUAUAUAUCUUUAUUAAUAAUAUGUUAGUUAGCCAUUCAAUUAGAAUAAACUGCUUUAAAAGAUGAUUAUUUCAUAUAACGUAAAUUGUAUCCCAAUGUUGAUUUCUACACUGGAAUUGUAUAUGAAGCUUUGAGUAUUCCAACUUCUAUGUUUACUGUCAUGUUUGCAGUAUAAAGAAGUAUUGGAUGGAUUUGUUAAUGGAUGGAAAUGAUGUCUGAAAAAGUCUAAAGAAUCAGUAGACCAAGGUAACUCUAUGUAGGAGAAGAUUAAAGAUAAUAUAUUCCUAUUUAAGAUAGAAAAGAAGAAGAAAAAAGCAGAGUUUGUAAAUUACCUAUGCAUAGCAGCCUAUUUGGACUUGUUAAGGUAUGA